GUUCAACCUCAUUUCAAAACCCCACACGCCGCGAGAGACAUAGAAGAAGCGUCUCUUUCCAUUCCCUUUGCCAUUGAUCUUAGGAAACAAAUGACCGCAAUCACUCUAAUUAGCUGAAGCCCUCUGGCAAAGACGCACACUUACUGAAACAUCAUCAUCCGGAAAAUGACUUGUGCAAGAGUCCUCCCCGCCUUCGGGAGUCACCGCCAGCCGGCCGUGACGCCCGUCGACCUCGCUGUGUGUUUGGGCCUCAGCCAACGGCGACCCCUCCUCGGGCUGCCCGUGAAGCCUGCACCGCGUCGUCGUCAGCAGACGUGCCUUCAAUCCCACCGCCUCUCCUCCGCCUCCUCCUCCCCGAGCUACUCGCCCUCACCGCCGCCCCCCUCCCUCGCGACCUCAGAGCCCCGGAGCUGCUUCCGUAGGUACGGCGGUGCGAGCAAGAAGCGCGUGGUCUUUGCCGACGCCAAGGGGUUGGCUCUGGCUGUUGUGCGCCUGUUCAUCCCCGAGCCGUCUAACUUUGCUUCCACGCUGGAGAUGAGACCCUCCUUCUCCAGACUGCAAAGCCAACUGUUGCCCUCGGACAAACUGCAGCACCACAGGCUGCGGCUGGGUUUCCCCCAGCCGGCGAUCGCCUCUCAAUCCUCACCGGCACGCCAGCAAUACCCGUGCGUGCAGCUGGAGAGCUGCAACGUUUCGGAGCACUCCUUGAGCGGAACAGUGCGCGUCAAUCAUGUCAGCGUGGAGAAGGCUGUGCAUGUGAGGGUGACCUUUGACUCCUGGCGGAGCCACCACGACAUUCAUUGCAUUCUCCUGCAGCAGCAGCAGCAGCAGCGCUUCGGGGGUUCCAACGAGGACCUUUUUGCCUUCGACUUAAGCUUGCCAAAGAACAUCGAUCCAGCAGAGCGGGUGGAGUUCUGCGUGGUCCUCACGCCUGGGAACGACGCGAUGCCACAAUGGGACGACAACAGGGGGCAGAACUACCGGCUAAUUGUGGAAACCGGCGGAUCAAACGGUCCCCAAGGCGAUUGCUACCGCUUUCAACCCACGCUGUCACAAUAUCGGUCGCCGCUGUGGCCUUUGUACGUGUCCCCCUCCUUCAGAGGAGUUCAUCAAGCCCCAUCUGAGCAGAGAUGACUUUGUCCUAACCCAAUUUAAAUUAAACCUUCUCAACAGAAGGGAGAAUGAUGAUGUGACUAUGUUAAUUUAUAGAUAUUUAAGAGUAAAGGGCUUUUUCAUCGGAUGGUCUGAAGCUCAAACCUGCCAAAAUGUGAACAAUAAUGAACCAGGCUGCAGGAAUGUUGUCAUUAAAUUCUUCUUUUUAGAAAAGCCUUUCUUUUUCUUUGUGUGUGCCUGCAUUGUAACGACACGUAAGCUGCGAUUUAAGAUGAACAUGUAUGAGUAUACACAGAGAAGUGUAACAUGAGAACAAUCUCAGCUUAUAGCCCUGAUGUUUUUUCACACGCUUAUUAUUUCUCUUGGCUCAGAUUCCUGUUGUGCCUUUUUAAUGUAGGUAUGUCAUGCGUACCAGACUGAAUAACACGCCCCUACCAGCUGUGAAAAGGUGGAACAACACGUUUGGAACUGUUAUGUCUGUGCACUGUUCUUGAUGGCAGGUAACCAUGGCAGCGUUAGAUUUGGCAUGUGCUUUGUGCAGUGAGUAACGAUCGGGCCUCUGUUUAUACACGCACAGGGUGGAGGCCUCAUUAGAUAAUGUUGCAGCCGAAGUGAGAAAGUGUCUCCGACUGCGUCUGACUCUCUUAGUCACCUCUCUUUCGAGGUUGCUCCUUUGUUCCUCAGCGUCUACUCCCUCGGGCUGAUGUCCUCCCUGGGUGGGGACUGGGAUGUCACAUAUGUAGCAGGUUUACACACCUUUAAACCAGAGACAGUUUUGGUUUUGAUAGAGCUCUUAUGUCAUCCAAGGGAGGACAAGCUGGUGCAUAUUAUCAUGCACAACUAAACUACAUCUACCAAUUACAGCGCAUUCAUUUUUGUAGGUAGCUUAGAAUGCUGUUUGAGAACAGUAAGCUGCUAGUGACAACAGACGUAAAUUAUCAAGUGUAAUUAUGCACCGUUCGCAUUUUGAAAAGUUCUGCCAUUACAAUUUUAAUCAAGCUUUAAAACUUGAGACUCUUCAUGGGAUCAAGAUCUCGGGAGAGACAUAAAGGCGAGAAUGAGUCUUCAUUACACAAAAUUCAACAGUUCAGUCGCACUAAGCCAAUUACAGCUCUCACAACUAUCAUACAAAGUAGAAUGAAUGUGGCCCGGUCCUCAUAACGGCGACAUACGUUCCAUCCAUGGAUCAUUAAAGUGGUUUUAAAGAGUUUGUUUUGCAGAACAUUCCGUUAAUAAGGUGGAGAAACCGUAUUUCCUAUUCUUCUAAGUGUGAUUGCUAUAUUACAUAAUAAACUGCGCUCUGGCAAACGAUAUUCACAUGAUGAUUUGAAUUAUGUAAAGUUGAGGGAAGAUCUGUUCCAGCUUCUCUCCGUCAUUAUACUGUGGGAGGGAGCUAAUUAGAUAAUAAUCCUGAAUGCAUUCCAUCUCAAGACAGUAUAAAGGAUUAGCGCCACACCCCAAAUAAGAUAUGAGAGCAAAUGUUGGCAAAACUGCAAAAAUGUCAAGUCAUAGUCAGCAGGGUUUUUAAAACAGCUUCUACACUAUCUGACAAUGGUAACUGUGUAGGUCCUGUGAGCGAAAUAGAUAACGUCUAGGUGACUUGUGUGCAUAAAGCCCCCCCUGUUUAGUAAUGUUUUCUUGUUGCUGUAGAAGACUAUCUUUGAGUAGCCUUGAUGUAUGACUUGUAUGUGUCAAUUAUUUAUCCUGCUUGCAGGUAUUAUUUAAUA